AUGAGUCCUCUCACUAACACUCAGGAAGCCCCCAGCGCACCAAAGUUACCUACACUCCCUAACGAGAUUAUCAUGAAAAUCCUCACCGAGACCACCCAAAAGAGUCAGCUGGAUCGCGAUGGGGUGUUUGGAGAGGGGCAGAUCGAAAGUAUCCCCGUCCGACACAAAUGUAUCUACAAGACACUUGUUGUCGACGGCGAGAUCGACUUUUUGACAUCCGAAAAAUUGAGCUGGAAGCAAGCUCUCAAAAAAUAUCGACUGCUACAUCAAUUUCAUGUUUACGAUAGAUAUCUCAACCCCGAUCUUGUUGAGGCAACGCGAGCCCUCUGGAGUCGACACAACAACGGGAAUCUAGAUCUCGGAGCAUUUCGCCGUGAGGCCGGGAACCUCCUUGUCCUCACCGGUAACAUCAUGGAUGAUAUUCCCUUCGCUAUCGAUACCUAUGGUGGAGUUGACGGCCCUAACCGUAAUGCCUACGUUAAGAAGCUGCAUGCAAACGACGAUCGUCUCGCGUGCCAACGACGAGGUCACGUCAUGAUUCUAACUUCUCCAUGGGUAUUAGAGGAUGAAGAACUCGAAGACAUGAAAGUACAUGAGUAUCUUAUCUCUCAAGUCCCCCAUAAUAUGGAUGCUGACAUGCACAUUGCAUUCCAUCACGUCUUGUUUAGCAAACGGGAAGCGGAUCGUCUAGCUCUUCUUAAGCUGGACUGGCCUUUGAUGACUGGCCUCGAGAGCCUUUGUCUUGAUCUUUCAGGACCCUGGAACGAUGGUCCAAACGUGGCACUCAAGACCUUUUGUGUUCAGAUGGGAAUGCAUUUGAAACUCAAGACACUCGUUGUUCUUGGCCUUCCGGUACGACAGCAAUACUGUAAGUUGGGCAAGGACUUUUGGGUUAAAACCCUCGAGAGCCAGGAGUAUGUCCCAAGUACUGUCGUCAAAAGUCACUCAGAAGACAGCGACGAAAGCGAUGAUGAUCCUGACGAAGAACUCGUGGGAUUCCCAACAUAUAUCUAUUGGUUGAAGAAGUGUCUGCAGCCCGGCGGCCAGAUCCAUUUUGUCGUGCAGUAUGACUCAGAGACGGAGCCGUAA